AUGUAUGGUGGCAAUCCCUAUGUACUUUCAGAACUGGCAUCUGAUAUGUGGAUUGAACGAAAUGUUCCUGGGGGAUUAAACAGUCCAAUGGGCACAUAUUUUGAUAAUGCAAUGGGUGGAAAUCCAAAUCCAACAUAUGCUCAACGAUUGGGUGGAUAUGGUGGUUAUGGAGGUUAUGGUGGUUAUGGUGGUUAUGGCGGUUACGGUGGUUAUGGUGGUUAUGGUGGUGGAUAUGGUUAUCCAUAUGGAAGACGGUAUUAG